ACUGCCUCUAGAAUAAACCAAAUUUACUGUUAGAGUUGACAGAGGAGAUUUUGUUUGUAUUUAUUAUACAAAAGAUGCCAAUGCCAAGCCUGUCUAUUUCGGCAAUCAUAAGUAGACGGAGUACGGGCCCUACGCCAUGAAUUUUAAAGUGGGGGCCAAGGCUAGCGAAAAUAGGGGUCAAUACUUACCCCCUUUUACUGCAGCCUAAAAACUACUUGCUUCGCAUAAAGUGGGGGGGGCAUGGCCCCAGUGUGGCGGAGAAGGGAUGUACUGAAAAGAUGUUGCGGCAAUUAAAAAAACUCAGAUGCAGGUUUUAUCAUCUUUCUUGAUGACCGAUCUAUGACUAAACCAUCUUUACUAUAAAUGUAGAGAAAGCACUUUAUGAAAUUGCUCAAUUUGGAGCUUUCUAUAGCCCUGGUGUUCUUGCUCCUUGGGACAGUAAUGCUGUUGUGUGCUUGAGGACAAACUGUCAGAAUCUUGAGAAGUUUUGUUAUUAAUUGUUGAAAAGAUUCGUCGGAAUGAAUAUAAAUGAGGGAAAGCCAAGAGAAGUGCAAAAUACUCCAUAUUUUCCAAUAUUUCUAUCAAAAUUAAUUGGCCAAAAUAAAUAGCAAGCGAAACAGCCAAAACCAUGUUAUUGUAAACUAGAACAAUCAGGGGCCUGGGAUAAAAAAUGUCUAUUUGUAGGCCAACAUUCUGCAAUUUUGUUGUAUUCUUAACACAAGUGCAUAGGAGGUGCUUUUUGUACAUUUACCUCGCUAUGAUUGAGUUUCAUACUUUGUGGGGAAGACUUUAUGAAAUUGGUGUGCUCUUAGGAAUGUGUGUUCUAAUUAUCUUGUUUAGCAGGAAUUCACUCAUCAAAAAUUUACUUUCAAUGCUGAAUAUGUUAUUACCUGUUAAUAAUUAAUACAAAUUAUACAAAUAUUUCCUCCGAAAUUAAAAGGUUCAGAUUGUUUGCCGUACUUUCGUCCGCAUUUCAUUUCAAUUCUUGGAUCGACAUGACAUUUUCAUAGCUCAAUAGAAAGUCUCUAAUACCUCUGCUGCACGUGACUUUCGAAUCAAUAUUUUUUCUCUUCUAACUGGUUGGAUUGUUCACCAUUUCUGUAUACCGAAAUGUUAAGAAAUCAGUUGCUUUACUCAGUCCUUGUACAAUUUGACGGGGGUUUUAGUCUCAAAUCAUCCCAUUCUUAGUGGCAACCAUAGAGUCGGUAGGGUGGCAACCCUGUUCAUCAAAGCAUCAAAGGAUAGAUUGAGUAAUAUGCGUCGGCCGCUUUUCCUAGACAAUAACAUGUGCAAAUAAAUUCUUUGCCAAAACCUGCGACCAAUAAUUAUUAGGCUAACAACGUCAACGAUAGUUAAAAGGAUGUCCUAACUUUGCAGAGUGGUGGUGUUUGAGAAGGAUGGUAUUUCAAAUCACUAAACGGGCAUUGUUUUUGCGAUUGCAUCUUCAGAAUUCAUUCGACGUUUUCUCGCAGUAUUAUGUUCCUGCAGCGGUUGUGUACCAACAACGUGAAACUGUGAGGUUUUGGAUGCCAAAGUACGACACUUCCUGGCCUGUGUUACCAGAGACCUACGUGAAUCCACAAGAGUUGGUUUACUGUGAACGGCUUGGUUUUAUAUUGACGACUCAUUCAUGUGGUUCCCAAAAGAUGAUGACUUCAAAUAUUCUUGAGCUACAGUUGUAGUUGUCACCUGUGCAUUUUAUCAUCUCCUAAUGUUCAAUGUAAAUAAAACUGGGUAGCGAUUGCUUUUAUUGAGCUAAUGGACAUGUUGGGGAAUAUAAGCCGCAACUUCAGUCAAAUUAACUCUACUGGUGGAGACUCUAUUGAUGAUAGCCAUGUCACGAGGGCAGCUACCCUCGUUCUUAUGCAAGCGUUCAUCAUUCCUGGUAACGGACUAAUUCUCGCUGCAAUUGGUUCCUUCAAAAAAUGGUCAGUUUCUGAUAUCCUGAUUGGCUACCUCGCUUUAAUAGACCUUAUAAACGGCCUAGGACCUGUAAAUAUCAGUUUAGUGAUGUACUAUGAAGAUUCAGGUGGAUUUCGUGGCACAGGCAACACUGGAGGGCUCUGCCUGUUUUAUGCCUGGUCAAGCUGCUGCCUACGAUUGGCAGCUUGCUUUGUUGCAACAUCGAUGGCAGUUGAUCGAUUUGCCGCUAUCGUGGUGCCACUGCAUUACAGAACAAGAGUUACGACAAAAGCAGUAUCUCUCGGCUUAUUGGUAUUGUUGAUAAUCAGUGCAGUUAUCGCUUCGCUACCUUUAGGCAUCGAAUAUGUCCGCACGUAUACACCGCUUUGCUCAUUCGACUUUACCAGUCCAUUUGCCGCAUCCAUUGCUGGGAUUGGAUAUGUUCAGCUAUUGCUCGUAGUGCUUUGCUAUGUAUCGGUGAUGUUUGGCGUCAACUCAUUUCUUUCGCGACAGACUUUGAUAAAAGCAACACAGAUUCGCGCAUCUAUAGCCGCAUCAAAAUCAAAACGAGAGAACACAAAUGCCGAAAACUCUCAAGUGCUUUCUCGUGCGACUUUAAGCCAAAGCCACCCCUUGACCCAUUUAACUGUUGAUCAAACAGGAGGCUUCAACAGGCAGUUUAGAAGCUGUAGUCUCAUCCAAAUCUCCAAAUUGGAACAAAGAAACGCUGAUAAGCAUCAUCAGAAUAGGAGCCUUAGCCUCACACCAACAACUAUAAAACGAGGCUCAUUGUCAAAUAUUGUACUUUCGAGGACUUACAAAAGAAGCCAAAGUUUAUCAGUGUGUCCAGAGAUUAGAAUAAACACCCAUAUUCCAGGCAUUCAUUCUAAAGACAAUGUGCUCAAGCGAGGUUCGGGAUUCGAGACAAUUCAAGAGUCAGAAACCGACAACGAGGCGCUAGUCCAGCUGUCGCUUAAAGAUUUCAAAAGAAACAGUUCGACCUGGAAGCACAGUAGAAGACUUGCAAUUGUAAUGGGAAUUGUCGUUCUUCUAUUUUACAUCAGUUGGAUGCCAAUCGUUAUUGCAAUUACAAUAAGUUUGAAGUCCAAGGAAAACAAGAAAUCAUUGCAUUUUGCAGCUGCUAGAAUGACUUUAAUUUCGUCAAUGAUUAAUUUCAUUGUAUAUGGCUGCAUGCUGAAACAAUACAGACAGGCUUACAAAGCUGUGUUGAAACGGAUUUGUAUGUGCGGCGAAUCCCCGCAUAGAAGAAAAGCUGAAGUUGAACCAGAAGUUAAUGGUAACAAACGGCGCAAAUGGUUUUCAAACAACACAGGGGAACAAGAAGCGAGAAAGGCAAGCGAAAAGCGUGUUCAGUUUAAGCAUGUCCUUAGGAAUACCGUUGCACCAGUCACGUGA